CAAUUGCUUUUUUGGUCUAAUUUCAAUAUAAAAUAGUUUUAAUGAAAAAGCCUUUGGGAAUAUUAUAAAAACAGCAUUUUUAUACUGUUGUUUACAAACAUUGUGUACCGAUAUAUCAGACCUGAGCAACCAGUAUGUGUAAACAGGUUCUCAGCGUACAAGGAUAUAGUUCCUAAAAUCACUAAUAUUACAGUAAUCAGUUUUACAGUUAUUACUUCACUUAAUUAAUAAAAUGAUUUGCCAUAAUGUACAAACAAUAUUAGGAUACGUUUAACUAAGAAAAUAGCUAAUCGAUCGUACAAGUUUUGGAGGAAAAUAAACUUUACUGAAGGGCAAGGUCAAUCCCGGCAGCCAUGUCAAAACAGUCGAUCAAACGGAAAUUUAUCCCAGGCUUAUUUAUGAGCCCAUGGAAUGUUUUCAGUGUUUGAUGAAGGAAUGGACUGCUGCCCAAGAACAUGUGGCUGAGUUGAAGAAGACUGAUCCAAAGAGCGCUAUUAAACUGUCCAACGAGAUCACUGAGAGGUUCCAGCGACUGUACCAGGCGAAUGAGCAGGAGGAUGAAGCGGAGAAGGAGCAGAUAGUGGCGUUCCACCAGCAGCACGUGCAGCGCGACCUCAACGAACACCAGAGGAAGACGAUGGAGAAGUACAUGAACGCACUGCAGAGGAAAGACGCUCACAAGAUACUGAAGUAUCUUCUUGCGUACCUGCGCACUGAGGAGAAGGAUCGCAUGCACACGGUGAACCACUACGAGCACGUCAAGUACACGCACCCUGACGAGACCAGCCGCAUCCGGCCACACAUCAUACAGCACCUGCACCUCAUAGACCAGCGCAUCAACCAGUCACUCCAGAUGUUGUCACGCCUGCCAGACCUCGAGAAGACCAUCAGACCCAAGAUUGAGAAGUUCCUCAUCAAGUACAAGGCCAUUGAUGCUACCAUCAAGGAUGUGCUGCUGACACCCAGCAAACUAGAGACCAAUGUAGACUCUGCUCCUCAUGAUGAUGAUGACACGAAGAAAAACCACA